AGAAUCUACGCCAAAAACAACAAAAGUAAUUUACCUGGCAAAAAAAUGUAUAAAACCCAAAAGCCAAAACCUCAACACCACACUUCCCCCACUUCCUUCCUCUCUCUCUCUCUCUCUCAAAAUCUCUCUCUCUAAAAGUAUGGAGGAGAUGGAGCUGGACAACCUCAGAGCCAUCAAAGUACUCGGAAAAGGCGCCAUGGGCACAGUCCUCCUCGUCCACGACAGCUCGCGCGACCCCUCCGCCCUCUCCCCCUUCGCACUCAAAGUCGUCGACAAAUCCACCCUCAUCAGCUCCAAACCCGACUCCGACCGCCGUGCCCGCUGGGAACUCUCCGUCCUGACCCGACUAACCGGCCCGAACGCCCACCCGUUCCUCCCUACCCUCCUCGGAUCCUUCGACACCCACGACUUCCUCGCCUGGGCAGUCCCUUACUGCCCCGGCGGGGACCUCAACGUCCUCCGUUACAAACAAAACGACCACGUUUUCUCGCAAGCCGUCAUCCGUUUUUACCUGGCCGAGAUCGUCUGCGCCCUCGACCACCUCCACACGAUGGGGAUCGCGUACCGCGACCUCAAGCCGGAGAACGUCUUGAUCCAGUCGUCCGGUCACGUUACCCUCACGGACUUCGACUUGUCCCGUAGCCUCAACAAGAGGACGGUUAAGCCCUUGGUCGUGGACCCCAUGGAAUUGGAAACCACUCGCCGGAGACAUCGCCGGAAUCUGACGAGGUUUUUGCCGGCGACGGCGGGGGACGAGAGGAAGGGGCUGAAGAAGGCGAAGAGCGCCAGGGUCUCGCCGGUGAGUCGACGGAGGGUCAGCUUUUCGAACGGCGAGAGGUCGAACUCGUUUGUCGGAACGGAAGAGUACGUAUCGCCGGAGGUUGUGAAAGGCGACGGCCAUGAAUUCGCCGUCGACUGGUGGGCCCUGGGUGUCCUGACGUACGAGAUGCUCUACGGGACGACGCCGUUCAAGGGGAAGAACAGAAAGGAGACGUUCCGCAACGUCGUCGUGAAACAGCCCGAGUUCAUCGGGAAACGGACGGCGCUGAUGGAUUUGAUCGAACGGCUGCUGGUGAAGGAUCCCACGAAGAGAUUGGGGUAUAGCGAAGGAGCGUGUGAGAUUAAACGACACGAGUUUUUCCGCGGGGUCCAGUGGGAUUUACUAACGGAGGUGUUACGGCCGCCGUUUAUUCCGUCAUGGGAAGAGGAAGACGUAACGGGAAAGGUAACGGUUGACGUUAGGGAAUAUUUUGCUAGAUUGGCGGCACCGGUGGUCCCGUCGACAUCGCCGUCGUUAGAUGAGUGUCGGCGUGAUGUUUCGUUUACGGAGUUCUGACACACGUGUAAGAUUAUUAUUAUUAUUUUUUUUGGAUUUGGUUUUGGUGUAAUUUAGUUGUGUACAGAGGGGAAUAAUGGCAUAACGUGAUAAAUGGGAGUUAGCUAGACAAUAUUAAUGGGUGGUAUUAUUUGUGUAAUUAUGCUCUGAUUAAAUUAUGGAGUGGGGGACCUGCUGUGGGCCUGGUGUAAUUUUUGUAUUAGCACCAUACUGGCCCCAAAAAUUAAAAAUAAAAAUGAAAUGAUUAAUGCAUUUAAAAUGUAAAUUCUA